CAAUUUCAUCUGUCUAUAUAUAUGCAAUUUCCAUCACAAGCAAGCAGAGAAGACUCAUUUGAAAAUAAAAAAAGCUUUGCUUAAUUUAUAUGAGAGCUUUAUAUAACAAGUUAUUUUUUAGCUUAUACCCAACAGCUACCAAGAGCAGCAACAAUAUCAAAGUUUUUUCCUCUAUCAGAAAAAUUAUGUCUACAUCUAAUGAAUCUCAUGGUUUCAAUAGACCAAUAUUGGUCACCAAGAAGGUCCUAGCCAGCCCCCAGUCCGAGGGUGAUGGUGCUGUUGUUAGAAGAGGCAUUGGAGGGAGUGAGCUGAAGUUCUUGGAUCCUUUUCUCAUGUUGGAUGAUUUUUCAGUGAGUCCUCCUGCUGGAUUUCCUGAUCACCCUCAUAGAGGUUUUGAGACUGUUACAUAUAUGCUUCAGGGAGGCAUCACUCAUCAAGAUUUUACAGGGCAUAAGGGGACAAUCCACACUGGAGAUGUGCAGUGGAUGACAGCCGGAAGAGGGAUAAUCCACUCGGAAAUGCCUGCAGGAGAAGGAAUACAACAUGGCUUGCAGCUUUGGAUAAAUCUUUCUUCUGAAGAAAAAAUGAUUGAGCCAAGGUACCAAGAACUUUUGAGUGAUGAAAUCCCAAGGGCUGAGAAAGAUGGGGCCGAAGUACGAGUUAUAGCAGGAGAAUCAAUGGGAGUUAAGUCUCCAGUAUACACAAGAACACCAACAAUGUUUCUUGAUUUCACACUGAAACCAAGAGCUCAAGUGCAUCAAAGUAUUCCAAAAUCAUGGAAUGCAUUUGUGUAUGUUAUUGAAGGUGAAGGAUCCUUUGGCUUGGGAAAUUCUUCACAAGCAACUGCUCACCAUGUUCUGGUUUUGGGUCCUGGAGAUGGUUUAAGCGUAUGGAAUAGGUCUUCGAACCCAUUACGAUUCGUACUAUUCGCAGGUCAACCGAUCAAUGAACCAGUGGUUCAACAUGGACCUUUUGUGAUGAACACACAGGCUGAGAUUGAACAAACCAUUGAGGACUACUACUUAGGCAAAAAUGGGUUUGAAAUGGCUAAGCUCUGGAGAUCUGAAUAAGGCAGCAGCUUUUGUAACCACUGGAUUAGAUGAAAUAAAAGAGAUAUAAUAGCUAUGUCAUCAGUCAAUGUCUCCAUUUCUUAAGAGCAAUCAAAUGAAUUUGAAGAUGAAGUUUUGGUUUUGAUUGGAUCAAGAGCUUCUAGAUUCAAAGUUGGCUUAUCACAGAUAGUCAUCACGGGUCAGCUUAAUCUUAGUUGAUGUUUCUUUUCAUUUUCUUCCUCAACUACUAUUAUAAUUAUUGUUAUUAUUAUUUUGUACUUUUUAUUUUCCCAUUAAAUUAAAUUAUUUUUAUUUUUUUGUCUUGUUAUGUGUUAAUGAUAGUAACAGAAAUUGUGGUAGGGUA